AUGUCUUAUUUUGACCCUCUUAACUUAAUCCUCGAGAAAUCAACAGACAAUCAACUCAUGACAAAGAAUGAAAAUAUAACGAAAGAAACUCUUUCACCGGCAGAAACAGCUACAAAACGUGCUACAGCAAAGAAACGUGCCCGAUCACCUCCGUUAUCCUUGACGAAAUGUCAAGGUUGCAAUGCUCUUGUGGCAAAAUAUAAAUGCCCAC